UACCCUGCCUGGCAAACCAGAUAACUUAACAAGACCUAGGCAAAUUACAUAAAUAACUGCCAUCUUAUAUAAACAUAAUCAAAGUAGCGGAAGUCAAAGCGAAGAACUAUGCAAACCCAACAUGCCACAUGCACAGUGUCAUGGAGCAUCUAAGACUAUCCAUCUGUAACGUAGUACUUCCAGCUGUCUGAAUUAUGUUUGAUCUUAGGCCGUCGGAAAUUUGAUGAAUUCUAGUAGUAUGUACUUUGGCAACAAUGCACUGGUCGAACUUAUAAAAUAUUCAAACGUGUAUAUGCUUGUUUAUAUUCUGAAAGUGACAAGGAAAAAAGAUUAUAUGCCAAGUGGAUGAGAAUGACAUAGCCUAGCAUCUUUGGAUACGACUGGAGAAAGAGCAAGAAGAAAAGAAACAAAAGGGAAAGGAGAAAGCAGAGGCUUGUCCCUACACAAUCAUCAAGGUAACUCGUGAUGAAGACCUCGGUGAACAAAUUGGGAAGGAGAUUUAUUUUGAUCUUGUGGACCAUGAUAAAGUGCGUACUUUUUGUAUUCAGAAACAGAUGCCAUUUACUCAAUUCAAGGAGGAAGUUGCUAAGGCAUUUGGUAUACCGGUGCAAUUUCAACGUUACUGGCUAUGGGCAAAACGCCAGAACCACACUUAUCGGCCUGAUCGUGCAUUGACAGCUCAAGAGGAAAUUCAAUCUGUUGGUGAACUGAGAGAGGUUUCAAAUAAAUGGAACAGUGCUGAGCUAAAACUUUUUCUGGAAGUAGAAUUAUGCCUGGAUUUGCGACCUUUGGCUCCACCAGGGAAGCCGAAGGAAGAAAUACUUCUAUUUUUCAAACUUUAUGACCCUCUGAAAGAGAACAUAAGGUAUGUUGGACGGCUUUUUGUAAAAGGAAGUGGCAAGCCGCUGGAGAUAUUAGCAAAGCUAAAUGAGUUGGCUGGCUAUUCUUGUGAUGAAGAAAUUGAACUUUUCGAGGAAAUAACAUUUGAACCAAAUGUGAUGUGUGAACACAUUAACAAGAAUCUGACUUUUCGUGGCUGUCAGCUAGAAGAUGGAGAUAUUAUUUGCUUUCAGAAAUCUCUUCGAAAGCAAGGCAAUGAACUAUAUCGCUUUCCAGAGGUUCCUUCAUUUUUGGAGUACGUGCACAAUCGCCAGGUUGUUCGUUUUCGCUCAUUGGAGAAAUCCACGGAGGACGAGUUCAGUCUUGAGUUGUCAAAGCAAAACAACUAUGAUGAAGUUGUUGAAUGCUUAGCUCGCCAUCUUCCCUUGGAUGACCCAUCAAAAGUAAGGCUUACAUCACAUAACUGCUAUUCACAGCAGCCAAAACCUCAGCCAAUCAGUUAUCGUGGAGUUGAUCGUCUCACAGAAAUGCUCAGUCAACACAAUCAGACUUCAGAUAUUCUGUAUUAUGAAGUCCUGGAUAUUCCUUUACCAGAGCUGCAGGGCUUAAAAACUCUCAAAGUUGCUUUUUAUCAUGCUGCCAAAGAUGAAGUGACUAUCCAUUUUAUCACAUUGCCAAAACAAAGUACCGUAGGAGAUGUUCUUAAUGACCUGAAAACAAAGGUUGAAUUGUCACGGCCGGAUGCUGAACUAAGGUUGCUGGAAGCUUUUCACCACAAGAUAUAUAAGAUUUUUCCCCUUAAUGAUAGGAUUGUGAACAUAAAUGAUAAAUACUGGACGCUACGUGCAGAGGAGAUUCCUGAAGAGGAGAAAAACCUUGAUCCUCAUAGUCGCUUAAUUCCUGUUUAUCAUUUUAUGAAGGACACAGCUCAAAAUCAAGCACAAAUACAGAACUUUGGUGAGCCCUUUUUCCUGGUUAUUCAUGAGGGUGAGAGAUUGGCCAAAGUUAAAGCUCGCAUUCAGAAAAAAUUGCAGGUUUCAGAUGAGGCGUUUUCAAAGUGGAAAUUUGCAUUUUUAUCCCUGGGUCAUCCCGAGUACCUUCAGGACUCAGAUAUUGUGUUCAACCGUUUUCAGAAAAUAGAUGUGUAUGGUUCUUGGGAGCAGUACCUUGGAUUAGAGCACAGUGAUACCCCCACUAGUGCUACCCCCGGCAUAUUUAGUUUUGGUGCUAGCUCUUCAGCUUCGUCAACAAAUGCUGUCAAUGCCAGCAGCAGAGUCAGUCCUAGUCCAUUUGCUUUUGGUGCCAGUUCUGCCUCUUCACAAACUUCCAGUACUGCUGGAAUUUUCGGUUCCAAUUGGCAGGCCCCAAAGUCUCCAGGCUUCAGUUCCCCAUUUAGUUCUGCUACCCCUACUGCGUUUGCAUUUGGAGCAUCUUCGUCCUUUUUUACUGCUCCAACCACCACAGCGGUGGCCUUUGGAUCAGCACCCAUUACCCCUAGUGGACCAGCCUUUUCAUUUGGUUCAACUUUGACCAACUCGUCUUCGCAGGCCAUAUUUGGUUACUCUACUACUCCUUUUACUGCGCCCCCUGGGAAAAAUAACCAGAUGAAGUCAAAGGAAGGCAGCAUGGCUAAGGACGCUAUGCAUGCAUCUUCCCCUGCAAUUUCAUUUGGUCAACCUUCUGUCUCCCCCUCUCCAGUUGGUUUCAUGUUUGGUUCAACACCUAGUCCAUUCCAGUUUGGUGGCCAGCAGAGUCAGCCUGCGGCCCAGAAUCCAUCUCCAUUUGCAGCAUCAGGCAUUUUAGGUGCUGGAGGAAGUUUCUCAUUGAGUAGCAAUGUUCCUAACAAAUCAGGUCGAAAGAUCCUCAAAGUUAAUAGAAAUAAGAACAGAAGGAAGUGAAGUAGUUGGCGACAACUUUGGAUCCUCAUGGUAGAUAUUGGUUGGCAAGAGGAUAAAUUUUUUGAUGAUAGAUCAGCAGCCACAGUCAUGGGUUUGUGCAAUUUUCCAUUUUCUAAUUUUGGGUAUUGUAUCUGCAUCUCCAGAAAUGCAUCUCCAGGAAGUGAAAGAUCUUUUAAUCCUAUUAGCUUUUGUUUUUUUGGCCCAGAUCUAUGGCAUAAAAUGUCACAAUUUUGGAUAACAGUUCUUGGUCAAGUGGUCGUCUUGUAUCAUUAGGGGGCUGUAGAGGGCCUGGUUAAGUCUCUCUUUUUCUUUUUGUAAUCUCAUUCUGUAUUAUUACAUGUAACAUAAUAAGGAAAUGUAUGCUUUUGUAAGGAAAUCUUUUUCUAUCGAGUA